AUGGGCAAGAAAAAGGAGAAGAUACCGCCGCCCGGCACCAGCAAGGACCCGACGACGAACUUCUUCAGCAGGAGGAAGUGGAAGGCGGCACUCCUUUCGCCUGUGUUGGAGCUGCAGGGGAGGAACCUCAUCCCCCGCGGUGCGCUUAUCAUCGGUACCGCCCUCAUGAAGAGUCGGCAUGUGGUGCGUCUAGACCUUGCGCAGAACCACAUUGGCGAUGAGGGGGCUGUGACGAUGGCGGAGGUUCUUCGCAGGAACGAGAGCAUUCAACAUUUGAACCUCGCGCAAAACGACAUUACGGAUGUUGGGGGCAUUGCGCUGGCGAGCGCCUUCAUUCCGAAUGUCAGCCCCAAUGGGCAGCCCGGACAGUGGAACCGUACACUUUUUACGCUCAUUCUAGCGGCUAACGACCUGGGCGACGCCACGCUGCUCGCAAUGAGCAAGGCGGCGGCGUGCCACCGCGACCUCACGCGAGUGGACCUGAGCUGGAACAACAUUGGCCCGAUGGGCACAAAGUGUCUGCUGCGCUCCAUGCAGCGCAACCCGUUGUGCGUAUACAACCUUAUGGCGAACAAGAUCGGUGAUGAGGGGACAGAGUACCUCUGCGAGGCGAUGCAGCGCUUUGCCGGGAAGGGUAUAACAUCGCUCAACUUGUUCCGCAACGAUGUACGGCACCGCGGGUGCAAGGCCGUUGGCCGGCUGUUGGAGAACAACGAGCACAUACUCGACCUCAGUCUCCACAGCAACACACUUGGACUGAAGGGGAUGCAAGAGCUGCGUCCACGCUUUGUCGCCGCACCGAAUCGCGUGCGCUCGCUUAAUCUCUCCAACUGCAUGCUUGGCGACGACGGUGCACUGGAGGUUGCGGCUCUCAUCGCGGCAAACCCUCCAUCGCUGGAGCGACUGAGCAUCGCCGACAACGGCCUCACGGAUGACGGUGGGGUCGCCAUCGUGAAGGCGCUUCUGAAAAAUACAGCCCUUGUCGUUGUCAACUGCGCAGGUAACACUUUCGGCACCAAGACGGUGGAGGCAACGGAGGAGGUAAUACGCACAGCCAAGGUUCUGAAACUGCUGGAUUUCAGUAACACGAUUGAGUCCAUUGACAUGAGGCGUACGCUUGCCUUUUCGGCCAACGAUGCGGAUGGCAUUCGUGUUGAGGUAGGCGAAAUGCAGGGGGAGACACUCGACGACAUGCUGCAGCACGUGGCGGAUCAGAUGCAGAUGAUCCUUGACGCGGAGGCGGAGAAGGCGAAGAACAAGAAAGCUAGACGGCAGACAAAGAAGGAAUGA